AUGGCAUCAGAAAAGACGCAUACAAAUAUGUCAGAUUCUAUCAUCAAUAAUGAUACAAAUGGUUUUAUCAUGGAAGGUUCAGCAAGGUUGGAUGUGUCUAGUCCUGUCGUGGCAUUCUACAACCCAGCUCAACAGUUUAAUCGUGACUUGACAAUUUUGGUUCUGCAGCAAUUUGUUGAAGAUCGUAAGGAAGAAUUAAAAAAAAAUAAGGUCAGUGAAAAGAAAGCAGAUAAUGAGCCAGAAAUUAAGAAACCUCGAAAAUCUGAAUCUCUAGAUGGUGAAGAAAUACGUAUCUUAGAUGCUCUGUCAGCAAGUGGUCUCAGGGCUAUUCGUUUUGCCCAGGAGGUGCCAAGUAUAGGAAGGAUAAUAGCGAAUGACUUUUCUGAGCAAGCAGUAAAUUUGAUCAAUAAAAAUAUUGAAUUGAACAGAGUGCAGGAUCUUGUAGAAACGAAAUGUAGUGAUGCUGUGGAUGUCAUGAUGUCUUGUCGGUCCUUUGAUAAGCGAUUCCAUGCAAUUGAUAUUGAUCCAUAUGGUUCUGCAUCUGUUUUUCUAGAUUCAGCAGUGCAGGCUGUGGCAGAUAAAGGAAUUUUAAUGGUAACAUGUACGGAUAUGGCUGUGCUAUGUGGUAAUACACCUGAAUCAUGCUAUAACAAAUAUGGAUCUGUUGGCCUGAAACACAAAAGCUGUCAUGAAUUUGCUAUUCGUGUUUUAUUGAAAGCUAUUGAUGCACACGCAAACUGUUAUGGAAGAUAUAUUGAACCGUUACUGUCAGUAAGUGUCGAUUAUUAUUUACGAGUUUUCGUAAAAAUACAUACGAGUGCAGUAAUGGCAAAAGAUAGCAUCACGAAGAUAUCUUAUGUAUUCGCAUGUACCGGCUGUCAUUCAUUACAUUUGCAACCACUUGCAAAAAAAGCAGUCAAUGAAAAAAGUAUUAAAUAUACGCCAGUAACGUUUAAUGUGAGUUUAUUGGGUCAGAAUGGAAAAUGUAUACAUUGCAAGCAUUCAGUACACGUGGCUGGUCCUAUCUACAGUGCACCAAUACAUAAUCACGAUUUCGUUGGCAAGUUAUUAAAAAGAUUAAAAUCUGUUCCGGAAGAAAGACGCUUGAAGACAUAUAUGCGAGUAGUUGGCGUUUUAACUGUGGUUGCUGAGGAAAUACCUGACGUACCACUUUAUUAUGAGCAUGAUCAGCUGAUGCAUGUUGUCAAAUCAUCGGUUCCAAAAGCAGUUGAAUUUCGCUCAGCACUGUUAAAUGCCGGAUAUCGUUGUUCAAUCUCUCAUUGUAAUCCAAAAGCUAUCAAGACUAAUGCUCCAUUGUCAUUUAUAUGGGAUAUUGUGAGAACUGUGGCGAGAAACAACAAGGUGAAAAUUGAUCGUUUCGCCAAAGAAUGUCCGGGUAGCAUCAUUCUAGAACAAGACAUUAAGCAUGAAAUCAGUUUCAAUAUUCAUCCUCAAGCUUUGGGAAGAAGCAAAAUUGAUUCAUUAUUGCGUUUUCAGCAGAGUAAAGGAAAGAAUAUGGGACCAAGAACUAGAAUUAAAAGUUCAAUUGCAUCAGUUUAA